CCACCUCUCCAGUCUCCGCGGCCUGUGACGCCCAAGGGCGGGGCGCGGAGGGUGAUACGGAAGCCGAGAGGGGCCCGGCCCCUCAGUCGCUCCGCAGGCGGGGAAGUGGGGGCGCGGCAGGAUGGUUUACAUCUCGAACGGACAAGUGUUGGACAGCCGGAGUCAAUCCCCAUGGAGAUUAUCUUUAAUAACAGAUUUCUUUUGGGGAAUAGCUGAGUUCGUGGUUCUGUUUUUCAAAACUCUGCUUCAGCAAGAUGUGAAAAAGAGAAGAGGCUACGGAAGCUCCUCUGAUUCCAGAUACGAUGAUGGAAGAGGGCCACCAGGAAACCCCCCGAGAAGAAUGGGUCGAAUUAAUCAUCUGAGAGGCCCUAGUCCUCCUCCCAUGGCUGGUGGAUGAGGAAGGUAA